GUUGACACAAGGUGUAUGAUGGGGUGAUGGUGGCCCUUAACAACCCCAGACACAACAACAACAUUACUAACAUUAGUGUUGCAAGCACUUCAUGUAUUGAUAACACUCAUCACUGAGCCCAGCUUAACCUAGGGAGGCUGCACUCAACUACCAUACACUUGACAUAUUGUGGAGUGACAGGAGAGAGAGAGUAGCAGAGUAUGGCGUCCAUCAGCACCAGGGAGAAACUUUUGUCUCUCAUUGACGACACUGAAUUAAUAUCAAAAGAACUGCUAGAAAAUAGCAUUGCACCAAAGCAGCAGCGACUUUCUGCCAGUGAACUAGCCCAACUGGUUGAGCUCCUCAUCCUCAAAGAUGCUGAACUGAAGGACACUAUAAAGGCUAGUGAUAGAGAAACAUUUAUUUUUCCUCUUCAUAAUAAUACAGUAUUUAAUAAAUUUUAUACAAAUUUUUUCAUCUUUUGCUCUUUAAAUCCCAGAGUGUUUUCAUUAUAUCAAGCCCCACGAAAAGCAGAGUUUGUAAGCCCAAAAAGCCCCUGCAACAGCGAGGAGCUUAAGUAUGCUCACCGCAUCUCCUCUACAUAUUCUGUUACCGCCCCUGACACAUGGCAGCAAGGUGACCCAAGAAGACCAUACCCCAUUGAUUUAGAAAUGCGAGCAGGAUUUCUGGGCCAGAAUGGGCAGCUCUUACACACACAUUCCCACCUGACAGACUCGUUAACAAGAGGCCACCACGCCGGUAAGUAUGAGCCAGCUUCAUCAGGUUUGGGUGGAACAUUUGCAUGGCAGCCAUCAGGAGAGCUCCAAGUUCAUGUUGGAAGUCACACUGCAGUAGUGGAGAAGAAGGAGCAGGAGGAUGUGGAAGUGAUGAGCACAGACUCAUCCUCAUCCUCAUCCUCGGAUUCUCAGUGACCCCAGACUCGGGGAUGUAUAACUGCGUGAUAUAAAGAUUUAGGAUGGCAUUUUCUACUAUGUGAUACUAAGAUGUGAAAUUUAUGAAUAUUUUUAAUAUAAAUCUGUCAUAGUUUUGGGAUUUUGGAAAUUGUAAGUGCUGAAAUAAUUACAUCAGUGCAAAUGAACCGAUUAGUUGCUAUUUUGAAAAUGGGAAAUAAAGUAUUGAUUGGAAUCAGUCUUAAAGUUUUUGCACUAGUAGUUCAAUUUUCACAAGAGGAUCUGAAGCUUGAUUAUUUAUCAGAUUACAGUAGUUUCACAGCUUCAGGAACCAUCACUUUACCCUAAAUGUUGAGACAUCUGAUCAGUAUACAGAUAUUUUGGAAAAGAUUCUAUCUUCAUAAUGAUACUGUAAUUUGCAUUAUAAAAAAAUUGUACAUAGUUUUCCAUCAUCACAUUGAUUAUAUGUGUAUGUAUACAUAAAUACAGUAUAUGUAUGUAAAUAUAAUGAAUAAUAUACAGUGGAACCUCAAAAAUCAAACUUAAUCCAUUCCAGGAGCUAUUUCUAAAUUCGAAAAGUCUGAAAUUCGAAGCAAUAUUUCCCAUAAGAAAUAAUGGAAAUACAAUUAAUCCGUUCCAGAAAUCCAAAAAUAUUCAUACAAAAAAUACAUUUUAUAGAGAUUAAUUACAGUUUUACAUACAACAAAUACUAUAGUUUUUAAUUAUGUAUAGUAAUACAUAUAAAAUAACAUUUUUACUUACCUUUAUUGAAGAUUGGUGAUGGCAUCUGGAAGAUAGGGAGGAGGAGAGAGGGAGUUGGGGUUAGUGUUUGGAAGGAGAAUCCCCCUCCAUGAGGACUUCAGGUAAAGCCCUCUCUGGGGUUACUUCCCUUCUCUGUCUUUUAAUGCCACUAGGACCAGCUUGAGAGUCACUGGACCCCUGUGUCACAAAAUGACUGUCCACAGUCCUCUGUUUCUGGUGCCUCUAACAUUUCCCUAAAAUGGGACAUAGUUCUGUUACUGAACUUGUUGCAAAGAUGGCUUGUUUCAGCUUGCUCAGGGUGGUACUUCUGCACAAACAUUUGGACAUCAUUCCACUUGGCGCAAAUCUCCUUAAUCUUUGAAGAAGGCACCUCAUCCACUCCCUAUAUUAACACCUUUUGCAACAUCAGCUUCCUUGAUUUGUUCUUUCUUUGACAGGAUAGAACCGAUGGUCGACUUGUUUUUCCCAUACAUCCUGGCAAGCUCAACAAGUCUCACACCACUCUCAUCCUUCUGUAUUAUUUCCUUCUUCACAUCUAUGGUGUUUCUCACUUUCUUUACCAUAGAGGUACCACUAGCAAGUUUCUUUGGGCCCAUGGCAGCUUAUUUCACAGUCCCACAAGCACUAAACACAACGAAAUAAUCGUAAAAUGCGUGAAUGAGAGUGCAGGUUAGUGUUCACUCAAGCAUAAAUAAAGCUAGUCUGCUCACAGCGUCUGCGCGGGGAUGCGGACAGAGCGGGCGGCAGACAGGUCCCGUACCCAGCGGUCCAAAAAUAGGGAUGCGUUCGAUAAUAGGGACACAGUUUGUCCGAAAAAAUGGUCCUAUUUUCGAAACGUUCGAUGUGUGAUACGUUCGAUUUUUGAGGUUCCACUGUAUGUGUAAAUGGAAUUGUCCAAUACAGUGAUCAAAAAUGUGUAAAAAACUUUUCUGUUUCUAAGUUACAUACAAAUUUGUAGCUAUUUUAGAAAGGCUAUUGCAAGUGGCAUAUUUAUACAGACAUAAAGUGAUUACGACUGCAACGUGCACUUUUAUUUUUGUACCAGCUUCAAUACCUCAGAUAUUGCAUACAAUGAUUAUUGUAUUUGUGUACUUUCUGAAUGAAUUCCACUGUUAGUGUCAUGAAAUUGUAAUGAAUUUUGAAUGACAAAGGUAUUUUCCAGUUAGUUCCACACCAUGUUUGCUGGUGGUGGGCCAGCAGGUCCUAGUUUCAUUGCUUACUUUUACUAGUUAAGCAGUGUUACCCAUGAUAUACUACAUGGACCCAUCUGGUUUUAGAUUUUUUUUUUUUUCAAAAGUAUGAAGAGGUUGUAGAUCAAAAAUAUUAGCAGGUGGCAUUUUUGAAGCCAUGAAAAAUUGUGCAUAUUAGUAUGGAGGACACACAGACCUCACCUGUGUACACUAGCAUAGUUAGGGAUUAAGAUUUAAUUUUAAAAUGACACCUAACUUCAAGAGAAUAUAAAUUGGGGGAGCAAAGUGGAUUUUGGAGAGUAUAUCUGUAGUUUUCUUUCACCCCCUCCCUCCAUCCUUUUCUAAGAUGACCCCCUACCCCUCCUCCCCUCCACUACAGAUUUAUACACCCUCCAAGUCAUCCUAUUUUGCUCGAUCCCCUCUAAAUGACCAAACCACCUCAACAACCUCUCCUCAGCCCUCUGAAUAAUACUUUUAGUAACUCCACACCUCCUAAUUUCCACACUACAGAUUCUCUGCAUAAUAUUUACACCACACAUUGCCCUUAGACAUAUCUCCACUGCCUCCAGCCUCCUUGCUGCAGCAUUUACAACUCAUGCUUCAUACUCAUAUAAGAGUGUUGGUACCACUUUACUCUCAUACAUUCCCUUCUUUGCCUCCAUGGAUAACAUUCUUUGUCUCAGAUUCCUCAAUGCACCACCCACCCUUUUUCCUUCGUCAGUUCUAUGGUUUACCUUGUCCUACAUGAACCCAUCCAUUGACAAGUCUACUCCCAAGUAUCUGAACACAUUCACUUCUUCCAUACACCCUUUCUCCAAUGUGAUAUACAAAUUUAGUUUACCUAACUCAUUUGAUACCCCUAUAACCUUACUCUUAUCUAUGUUCACUGUCAACUUUCUUCCUUUACACAACCUUUGCAACUUCUCUUUUAGAAUCUCUCAAAGGCACAGUAUCAUCAGCAAAAAGUAACUGUGUCAAUUCUCAUUUUGUAUUUGAUUCUCCAUAAUUUAAUCCCACCCCUCUCCCCAACACCCUAGGGGAAGAAAGAGGGUUUGUAUGCAAAGGGCUUGGACAUACAGCAGGCAUUUGUGAGCAUAUUAGAUAGGAGUGAAUGAAGAUGAAUGGUUUCUGGGACUUGACGAGCUGUUGGAGUGUGAGCAAGGUAAUAUUUUGUGAAGUGAUUCAGGAAACCCAGUUAGCCGGACUCUAGUCCUGGAGUCCUGUAGCUCAAUCACUAGUGCACUCGGCUCUCACACUGAGGUCUGGAGUUCAAAUCCCUGGUAUGGCUGGAUAACAUUAUAACGUGUUUCCAUAAGACACCUGCUGUCCCUGUUCACCCAUCAGUAUAAAAUGGGUACUUGGGUGUUAGUUAGGUGGGUCGCAUCCUGGGACCAAAUUGACCUGAUUUGCCUGAAAUGCUCUGCAUAACGAGCGGCUUUCUCUACAGUAGUAUGUCAUUGAUGUCAGCUAGGCCUGUAUACCAUAUACAUGUACUCGUAGAAAUAAAGAUAUCACACCUACCAUCCGACUUACAACUGAGCUUGGUUCUGACUAGCCGGUCGUAAGUCAAAAUGGACGUAAGUUGAACCUUACUGCUGAACAUCAGUAUUGCACAAUGUGAUGAUUUUAUUUUAUUGUUUUAUUUUCUUUUCAUGCUGCUAGUAUUGUAUUUUAUACUGUAAGUUUAGGAGAAACACUGUGUACAACACAAACAGUUGUUUAUUUCCCAGAACAUCUGCAUACAAAACAUGGUCGUAAGUCAAGUGGUCGUAUAUCAAGCAGGUCGUAAGUUGGAUGGUAGGUGUAUUAUAUUAUUAUUAUGCCUACACUUUAAAGGAGGGGUUUGGGAUAUUGUCUGUUUGGAGUGACAUCUGAAUUGUCAUAUCUGGGUGUCUCUGCAAAGACAGUGAUUGUGUGUGAAUGAUGGUGAAAGUGAUUUUCUUUUUUGGGUCACCCUACCUUGGUAGGAGAUAGUAAACAUGAUGAAUUUUUUUUUUUUUUUUUUUUUUAAUGAUUUGGAUUUUUUAACACAUCAGCUGCCUCUCACCAGGGUAGGGUGACACUUUCAACAUCAUUCACACAUAAUCACUACCUUUGCAGAGGUGCCCAGAUACAUAUAGCCAAUAUCCCAAACCCCUCCUUUAAAAUGCAUAUAAGUGCUGGAUCUUUCUUUCAAAGCACUGGCUGUAUCCCACUGAGGCAGGAUGGCCUGAAAAGAAAAACAAAAGUUUCUCAUUUCAAAUUUAGUAAUAUAAACAGAAGGGAUUACUAGCCCCUUGUUCCCGGCAUUUUAAUUGCCUCUUACGACACGCAUAGUAUACAGAGGAAGAAUUCUGUCCCACUUCCUCAUGGAGAUAAGAGGGAAUAAACAAGAACAAGAACCAGCAAGAAAAUAGAAGAAAACCCAACUCCCAGGAUAUGCAGCUGUGUUUCCAGAUAGUGUAAUACAGACACACUUUGCCAGAUUUAUCUAGCACUUUUAUGGCAGUUAAAUGCACUUCUUACAGCCAUCAUCUGCAUUAUUUCUCUUCUUAGUACUAUGCAUGUAUAUAAACCAUGGUACGGGUGGGGCUCAAACUCACAGCAAGCGAGUCUUAAAACUUUCCUGGAGUUUUACAGUUCAAGCCCCACCUGUACUAUAGUUUGCAAUCGUGUCAUUACGAUUUUCGUGAGUCAUACAUGUAGUAUAUAUUUUUCCUAUAACUUUUUUGUGUAGUUUCUGACACUUGAAGUGCACUGCAAGUUAUUCAGGGCUUCAACUUCUCACAUUCCAUCAUUCUUCACAUUCAACUCAAGCUGUCUCCUCUUCAGCAAGCAUAGUGUGAGCAAGGUAACAUUCAUGAAGGGAUUCAGGGAAACUAGUAACCGACUUAAGUUCUGGAGGUGGAAAGUACAGUGCCUGCAUUCUGAAGUAGGGGUGAAGGUGUUGCAGUUUAGUGGGUAGUGUAUCAUUUGAAUUGUGACAUCAGUGUACUUAUGACAAGACAGCCACUGAAUGAGAAUUGGUGAAUGUGUUUCCUUUUUUGGGUCAUCCUACCUUGGUGAGACUUAUGAUGUGUUAAUAAAGAAAAGAAUAAAAAUUUGAAAAAUUGAAUCUUUAUAGGAAAGUAUGAAAAAUGAGUAAUUAAGUUUAUAAGUAUGUAUAUAGUUUAAAUAAUUGUGUCAUAUUUACUCCAGUAUUCCCCAUAAUGUAUUAAAAGCUAAGUGAAGAUAUCAUCGUUCCUUCUUAUAUGUAAAAUAAAGUGAGAAUAGUUUGCUGAAAAGAUUUUGCUGUAGUUCCAAGAAGCUUUUUUUUUUUUGUCUGUUCAGUACUGGUUUUCAUCAUAACUGUAAAUGAAGAUACUGCUUAUGUAUUUUGUGGGUUGUAACAUCAUUUCUUAUGGCUAGAACAUUAAAAUCCAAAUACACAUCCACCCUACCCUCCUUCCCUUCCCUUCCCAUCCCCCACCCCCUACCUCCCUAGUGUAAAUGUAAUAAAAUUGGAUUUCUGUGCUUAAUGGUCUUUAGUGAAUUUAGUAUAGUACUAGUAAUAAUAAUAAUCACAACAAUAAUAAUGGACUGCAUAAAAGUACAAGAAGUAAAUAAUGUACUGGUAUGUAAGUUAGGUGGGAGCAAACACAGAAGGCAUAAGACACUGGAAAGUGAAGUAGCACAUCUAUGUUCUGAAAAAUGAAACAUACAGUGGAACCUCGGUGCUCGAACAGCUCCAUACUCAAACAAUUCGAUAUUCGAACGCUUUGUUCAGUAAACAAAUCACUUGGUAGUUGACUGUUUGCUUGGCACUUGACCAAACAAAACACAACUUGCCAAAAUUUUACUGUAAACUAUUUUGUGUUUCUUCACUUUUUUUUUUUUUUUAUAUUGUAUAAAUAAGUCACCAUGGGGCCUAAGAGGGUUAGUGAUAACAGCCAACCAAAAAGAAAAUUGGUUGAGAAAAAUUUGUACUGUACUCGAACAGCUUUCUGGAACCAAUUAAGUUCGAGUGCCGAGGUUCCACUGUAUAUGCAGAAGUGAGAGGGUAAUCAUGCACUGAAUGUUUACAGAUUGUAUUUAAAUUAUUCUGCUGUUGAAUAAAAUAUAUCAAAAUGGUGGAGGGCUUAAUAAUUAUAAUUUUUGGUGCACUAAACAUUAAUAUUUAUUAUGCAAGGCAGUACAAGGUAUAAUACUUUUAGAUUUAACAAGGCUUAGUAUGUUUAAAUGGUUUAAACAGGGAACAUUAAAAUACUUCAAGGUUAACAGCAUAUUUUAUAUAUAUAAUUAAAUGUUUAUAAAUCAAGCAUAAAGAAAACAUACAUUUACUAAAGUUCUUAAAAUAAUUACCAUGCAAUUUUUCACACCAGGGCAAAAUACCCUAAGGUAGCUCAUGCACAGAAAAGAGUUUAGUUUAACUUCACUGUGCAAAAUUGAAACUAAAUUUCAAGUUAUUUCAUCUAUAACUAUUUCAGAUUCUCACAUAAAGUUACUGUGCCAUACUUACUAAAAUUGGUUUUGUGAUUUAAUUUAUACAUUUGCCAACUGUGGGGACCCAUAGUCUUGGAGAAGUAGAAAAAAAAAGGCUUUGAGGAAAAAGAUUUACCAUUUGCAUAUUCCACUUCUCCUACUAUCUCAUCUUUUAUAAAUACACAAAUAGGUAUAUGUAUUUUAUUAUGUAAUAUGGUACACAAGGGUUAAAGGAUACAUUGAUGGUACAGAGAUGGAAUACAGUAGACUCAUAUUACAUGGUAGUUAUAUUCCUGAAAAUGCCGUGUUAGAUCAAUCCGUGUUUUAUAAAGUGAAGAA